ACGGCGCAGCGAAAAGGCAAAGUCACUCCUGCAAAGACGUUGCUGUUGGCGGAUCACAUUUCUCUCCAGUGUUUCCAUCUAAACCUUGCUACCACUUCUCAUCAUGCCUAAGUUCGUGUUGUACUACUUUGAUUUAGCAGGAAGAGCUGAGAUUUCAAGGCUUCUUUUUCACCAUGCAGGUGUCGAAUUUGAAGACCACAGAUUCAAGAAAGACGAGUGGGCGGAAAUGAAGAAAAACCAAAAACUGUUCCCGUUUGGCCAAUGCCCAUCACUGGAGGUAGAUGGUGAAGUGAUUGCACAGUCAGCUACUAUUGCGAGAUAUCUUGCAAAUGAAUUUGGCCUAAAUGGCAAGACAAACAUGGAGAAGGCAAAAAAUGAUAUGAUAUUUGAUGGUUUGCGUGACGUCGGCCAGAAGUUGAUCAAUGCCAUGAAGCAAAAAGAUGAAGAGACAAAGGAAGCAAUGAAAAAGGACUUCUGGGAAAAUCAAGUGCAAGUGGACUUCAAGUUAUUUGAAGAGAGAUUCGCCCCACAGAAUGGGUUCUUCACUGGUGAUUCAGUUGCCCUGGCCGAUAUUGCAUUCUUUGGGCUUUUGAGCUUCUGGGAAGAAAUGUUUCAUCAAAAACCCUACGAGAAUUUCCCAAAGCUGAAAGCCCUUCACGACAGAGUGGCAGCGUUGCCGAACAUCAAGAAAUACCUGGAUUCGCGCAAAAAAUAAGAUAUUGAAUGAAGAAAGUUCUUGCUGUAUGAUAUGUGAUUUUACGAAAGUUCAUAUGAAUCUUUUUAGAAAAACAUCAAA